AUGUCUGAACCAAGUAAGUUUUCUUCAAGAUCACAUGUCUCGACGAUCGAAUGGGAUAUGAUGGAUAAGACAAAAUUUUUGCCAUUAAGUAUGUUAAGCUCGUUUUGUGUUCGCUGUACUCUCUAUCCAUUGACUUUAAUUAAAACAAGACUUCAAAUCCAGAAACAUGGAGAAAUGUAUAAAGGUUUGCUGGAUGCGGCUAACCGUAUUUAUCAUACGGAAGGUAUGUCAGGACUUUAUCGCGGUUUUUGGGUGAGUUCUGCCCAAGUAUUAUCUGGUGCAGCUUACAUUGGUGCAUACGAACAAACUAGACAUAUGACAGCUCCAUAUUUGCAACAAUGGCCUGAAAUUAGAUCAAUGGUUGCGGGAGGUGUGGCAUCUGUUUUUGGCCAAACAAUAAUUGUACCUUUUGAUGUGGUCAGUCAACACUUAAUGAUGCUCGGCUUGUCAACUAGUAGUACAGACAAAAAUAAAAUAAUAUAUUUUCGUCCACUGGGUAUACAUUUGGAUAUCUCAAAAUCAAAAUUUCGUACCACAUUAGAUAUUGCUCAAUGUGUUUAUCAACAGGAUGGUUUUAAAGGAUUCUACAGAGGUUACGUAGCCUCUGUUUGCACAUAUGCACCAAAUAGUGCAUUAUGGUGGAGUUUUUAUACCAUAUUCCAAGAUCAACUUGAAAAAAGGUGUCCAGUAAAUACAUCACUUUUAUUUUUGCAAAGCAUAUCAGGAGUACUAGCUGGGUUCACUACUACUCUGAUAACAAAUCCCAUGGACACAAUAAGAGCACGAUUACAGGUUCAAAGAACAAACUCUAUUGUUGGUACAUUCAACGCCUUAUGGAAAGAAGAAGGCAUGUUGAUGUUCAGUAAAGGACUUUCUGCCAGAUUGGUCCAGUCAAUUUGUUUUAGUUUUACAAUUAUUUUAGGUUACGAGAGCAUUAAAAGAGUUAGUGUACUUCAUGAGUACAAAGAUCACGUACGAUGGUAA